AUGAAAGUACAUAUGAUAUUGCUUUCCUUAUUUCAGGGGAAAAAAAUGUCUUCAUCAGUUAUAUUCCUUUGCUGCCUAUUAGGAGUUGCUAUAGCAACCCCUGGUUACAACGGCGGCGGAUGGAAUGACUGGGACGAUGACGAGUACUACCGAGGCGGAGUCAUUGGCAUUAGCGGCCCUUACGGGGGGAGAGGAGCGAUUGGUGGAUACGGAUAUGGUAACAAUGGAUAUGGCAGAGGCGGCAUUGGAGGAGCCUACUACAAUCCAUACAGCGGUCGUGGAGGAAUUGGUGGUGUCCGGUACGGAUACGGAAGUGCCGGAUAUCCAAACGCAGGUGGAUAUGGCGGAAUAGGAAGUGGAUAUGGAGGAACCGGAGGUGGAUAUGGAGGAAUCGGUGGUGGAUAUGGUAGAGGUGGAUAUGGCGGAAUAGGAAGUGGAUAUGGCGGAAUAGGAAGUGGAUAUGGCGGAAUAGGAAGUGGAUAUGGCGGAAUAGGAAGUGGAUAUGGCGGAAUAGGAAGUGGAUAUGGCGGAAUGGGAAGUGGAUAUGGCGGAAUAGGAAGUGGAUAUGGUGGAUAUCCCAAUUACGGAGGUCUGAAUAGAGGAUACGGCGGAGGCGGAGGAUAUGGUCCAUCUUACGGUUAUUCUGGAUUUAGAGGAGGCGCUGUGGGACCACGUGGCUCUAUCAAUUUUGGGGGUCUCCGUGGAGGCUUUAGGGGAUAUCCCAACUAUGGACGACGCAACUAUGGUUACAAAGGUAUAUCAUAAAUCUCUUGCACAAUAAGAUUUGUUGAGGUUAAUUUAGGAAUUUUUCGCUCUAUCAUGAUAUUCUAAGAGUUUCUAGAUAUUCAUAUAUACAUGUAUGAAUAAGCAGUUACGUCGAAUAAUGCAUAUAUAUUUUUAUGAAAAAGAAGUCAUCUAUAGAGUUAAUCUUGAUAAUCAGGUUCGGUAAUGUAUAGUAACAUUUACUGUACAUUCCAGCUUUGGUUUUGUUUUUGUUUUUUGAAUAACCAUUCAUGAUUCUUCCCCUUCUCUUUCAGGCGGCAAGAAAAGAGUAUACUAGUUGUGAAUAUUUAAUUAAGUCAGUGAUUUAUUUAUCAAUAUUUAUAUUUUUCAAUGAAUAAAAUUUAAAAAAAAUAUAUAAUAGUUUUAAUUAUAUUUUUAACAUGAGUUAAUCUAAUCUGUUUGGACGGACUGUAUAACUGUGGAUAAAAUUCCAAUAAUAUCUUUAAUAUUCAUAAAACACAGAAUAGAUUUGUACAUGUACAGUGUGUAUCUGGUUUCGCAACUUCACAAAGAACCUGGUCGUCCAAAAUAUUAUUUCCACGACAAAUUAU